GCAACAUUUAUCCUAAAAUGUCACCACGUCUCAAAAUAUCGAAAUAUGUGAUUGAGAGGUUAUCUAAGAUUGAUACGAAUGAAAGUGCAGGAUGUCUCUUUGGACUUAUGUACGAUGGCACUUUACUUGUUAUAGGAUUGAGUUUAGAAUUAUAUGAAAAUGAUAAAAACACAUAUAACCAACUUCUUCUCAAUCUGCCAGCCGAAAUAGAACUAUGUGGUGCCAUAAAGUUUGAUGAAACAUUAACUAUGGGCUCAAAGUUAAAAGAAAUUUUACAGGAUGUUGACAUAACUGAUAACCCUUUGGUUAUUACUCUUAAUAAUAAAAGAGAUAUCAAAGCACACUUCUUGGUGCAUGAAAAAUUUGAAGAAACAAAGUAUGAUAAUUUAGAAUCAAAUGAUAUGUGGAAACAGUUUAUUCAUGUUCGCCUUAUCACCACUUUGCCCUUAAGUUGUGAAGCAACAAUAGCAGGUGUAAAGAGCAUUCUUCAAAGUAAAAGAAAACAGAUAGCGUCAGGGCAAGUAUCGUUCCACGUUGAUGGCACAUCUAUUUACUUGUUUGGAGUUGCUUCAGAUGUUGGGUUAACUGGAACCAGCACAGAUUUAACAAUUGGUGAAUUAGUGGAUUCUCUAAGCCCUGAACCAUCCAAAAAGAAAAAGCAACUUGUUAAUAAUGUGGAAAUUAUACCUGUGAACCUAGUUAUGAAAACUACUAAAGAUAUUUUGUCAGAAAAAUUAGUUAAAACAGCAGUUAAGAUGAUGACGACACAGCGAAAACCCGCAUUUUGUAUAAGUAUGCCAUUAAAAAUAGACACACUGGCUAUCAUCAAUAGGAACACAAAGCUACUUGAUUUAUACACAGUUUUAGUGGAAGCGUCCUGUCGAUCCCUUCGACUCUUGGAAAGUGUGCUAUUAGAGCAAAUAGGGCAGGAAGGUAUCGGCGACGGUGCUGGCCUGCGAUUACCAGAAACAUUUCACUAUUUGCCACCAGAUAUUGGGCAUUUCAUUACAAGGGUAGUGCCUAAAGGAAUACCUGAUGAAAGCAUGGAAAAUGAGAGGCGAUUACUUCACCAACAGUUGGCGCUGCCUCUAAACAAGCCAUUAUUCCGUCGAGGUAAUGCGUAUUUUGAUAAAAGCAGUGGUCGCAUAGUGAAUCCUCAUGAAGCGGUUCCCGUACAACCUAUAAAGCCCGAUGUAACCGUUGCGAUAGUGCGAGGACGGUACGCAUACUACCAUUACAUGCAAGACAACUUCAAUGAUGACGGAUGGGGAUGUGCAUAUCGCUCGAUGCAAACCAUUUUCUCUUGGUUUAGGUAUCAGGGUUAUACUGUGGUAGAAGUUCCAACUCAUAGAGAAAUUCAGCAGUGCCUUGUUAAAAUUGGUGAUAAGCCUUCAUCAUUUCUUGGUUCAAAGCAAUGGAUUGGUUCGACAGAGGUCAUGUUUUGUUUAGAAACGCUUUUUGGAAUACAGUCGCGGAUCAUAUUUGCUAACACUGGCUCCGAAUUGCAAAGUUAUACACCUGAGCUAGUUCACCAUUUUAAAACUCAUGGUAGCCCAAUUAUGAUCGGUGGAGGUGUACUUGCUCAUACUAUUCUAGGAGUUGAAUACAAUUCUGUAACAAACGAGACACGUUAUCUCAUCUUAGACCCACACUAUACGGGUGCAGAAGACAUCUCGAUAAUCAUAAACAAAGGAUGGUGUGGUUGGAAGAAAUCAGAUUUUUGGAAUAAAUCUGCUCAUUAUAAUCUAUGUCUGCCGCAGACGAAAGCCUCCGUAUGAAUUAAUAUUUCCCUGUUUUCAUGGUUUAACAUCUAAUAUUUUUAUAGUACCUAGUUCUUUAAAUAAAUAUAUUAUGGCACGUUCAAUUUGUGUCAUGUAUAUUUUAUAUCCUGAGCUGUGAUAAUCGGCUUUUAAGGGCACUUUUAUUCCACAUAAUGCAUUUAUGAAUGUGAGAUUUCGCUCUCUGUUCUAUUUGAAUUUUCACAGAAAUGUAAAAGGUUAAACAAUAUUGAAAAGGUGGUGGUCGAUAUGAACAGUCUGAGAGAAAUGAUGAUGUUGAAAUUUGUAAAAAAGUCUAUUGUUAUUUCGGUUGUGUGUAUUUUUAAGAUCUUGCAACUCUUGAUAGUAUUAAUUUGAUUUUAUGGCGCAUAAUUUUAAAGUAAAAUAGAUGUACUCCUAAAAUAUCACACCACAAUAUAAGAAGCGCUA